AGAGCCAGGAAUUGAGACGGACACCUUCACUACAGACAAGGCUAUGUUAAUGCACCUGAUCCUGUUGAGCCUGGCGAUGGGCAGCAGCCAGGGAUGCUACUGUGAACAUUACCCAUGGGGGUCAUGGUCUGCCUGCUCACAAACCUGCAAUUACGGCACACAGACCAGGCACAGGCAAAUAAGAAUGGAUGAGUAUUAUAGCCAAAACUUCUGUGACCAGCUGUGCACAAAGCAGGAAUCUCGUGCAUGUAACCAGCAAACAUGUCCUAUCAACUGUCAUCUUGGAGACUUUGGCCCUUGGUCAGAAUGUGACCCAUGCAUUAAAAAACAAUUUCGUGUCCGGAGACUCCUGCGACCAUCCCAAUUUGGGGGUCAGGCCUGUACUGAGCCACUUGUGGAUUCCCGCCCAUGCUUUCCAACUAAGCUCUGCAACAUUGUGGAAGUUGAUUGCAAGAAUAAAUUUCAGUGUGAAAGUGGUCGCUGUAUUGCAAAAAAAUUAGAAUGUAAUGGAGAAAACGACUGUGGGGACAACUCUGAUGAAAGAAAAUGUGGGAGGAAAAAGGCUGUGUGUAACCGAAAGUAUGAGAGCAUCCCAGGUGUGCAGUUAAUAGGCAGUGGAUUUCACAUUCUGGCAGGAGAGAGCCGAGGGGAAGUCCUUGGCAACUCAUUCAAUGGAGGACAAUGCACAACAGUGAAGCGUAAUGAGACAAGGAAAUUGUACCGUGUUCCGGCAAACCUGGAGGCUGUCAGCUUUCAGGUAAUAGAUGAAGAGGAUGAUGUAACAUCAGAUUUCUACAAUGAUUUAACUCCCCUGAGUGAUAGUGCUCAUGGAAGCAGUUCGUCCACUCAUGGUGCUCAAAGAUCAAAAGGUAUCCCAUUUUUAUUCUCAAGAAAGACACGGGUUAAAGUCACAUCAUCUUCCUCCUUCAAGAAAGCCAUUGAAGCCUCGUAUGAAAAGAAUUCCAACUUUAUUAGAGUCCAUAAAGUCAUUUCUGUUGCAAAUUUCACAAUGAAACAGUCAGAUCUGCAGCUCUCAGAUGUCUUUCUAAAAGCACUUAACCACCUGCCCCUGGAGUACAACUACAUUUUAUACAGCAGAAUAUUUGAUGACUUUGGUACUCACUACUACACAUCUGGGAAGAUGGGUGGUUCCUAUGACAUUCUUUACCAAUACAGCUCUGAGGAAUUGAAGAACUCAGGCCUGGCAGUGGAUGAAUCAAUGGAGUGUGUCCGAACAGAAACAACAAGGCGCGUGUUCUUCAGGAAGAAAAAGAAAGUCAGUACCAGAUGCACCACAAACAGGAUGACUGUGAAACAUGAAGGUUCCAUUUUGGAGUCAGCCGAACGGUCAGUAUCCCUGGUAGAAGGUGGCAGGUCAGAGUACGCGGCAGCUCUGGCCUGGGAGAAAAAGGGGGCUUUUCCAGGACACACAGUGUUCACAAACUGGCUGGAAUCAACAAAGGACAAUCCCGUGGUAAUUGACUUUGAGGUGUCGCCCAUUGUGGAUUUGGUGAAGAACGUGCCAUGUGCUGUGACCAAACGUCUCAACCUCAGGAGAGCCCUGAGAGAAUAUGCGGGCAGGUUUGACCCUUGCCAGUGUGCCCCAUGCCCCAACAAUGGCAGGCCUGUCCUUUCCAGGACGGAGUGCCUCUGCCUGUGCCAGGCUGGCACCUACGGCAAAAACUGUGAGACACGAGCUCCGGGUUACAAAUCAGUUGCUGUAGAUGGUCACUGGGGUUGCUGGUCUGAAUGGAGUUCAUGUGAUGCUUCCUUCAAAAGGAGAAGGACCCGGGAAUGUAAUAACCCCUCCUCGAUGAAUGGUGGGAAGCCCUGUGAAGGUGAACGGGAAGAAGAGGAGGACUGUUAUGUCUCUGUGUUCGUGGGCAGAGGUGCUCCUUGUAUAAAUGAUGAUGAAGCCAGGAGAGAAGAGGAUGUCUUAAUUGAUGAACCUGAGUCUGGAUGCUCCAGGCCAGACCCACCAGAAAAUGGCUUUAUCAGGAAUGAAAAGAACCAGUAUGCUGUGGGGGAAGAAGCUGAAAUUGCCUGUGUGAGUGGUCAUGUCCUCAGUGGCUAUCAAUUCCUUCGGUGUCUGCCAGAUCAAACCUGGAUGCAGCAACCUGUUGAAUGUCAACCCUCGGUAUGCCUCAGGCCACCAGCAUCUGACAGUGUCACAAUGUCCCCAUUUAAGCAACAGUACAACAUUGGUGAAACCGUGAAGAUGACCUGCCCAGCUGGAUUUAUAGUCACUGGUCAAACACAAUAUACCUGUGGGAAAGACCUGUCCUGGAAACCUCCUAUUUUGAGAUCUAUUACAUGUGAAAAAGAUAUGAAAAAUAAAAUCAGAGGUGUUUGCAAUCCAGGACAAAAGCAGGUUGGAUCUCAGUGUGUUUGUAUGUCUCCAGAAGAAGAUUGUGGCCACUACUCAGAAGACAUCUGUGUGCUACAUGUUGUUUCUGAACAGAAUGUGACCAAGACCAGCUGUCAGUAUUCAGCUGAAAUGUGCCUUGGAGAGCAGUCAUUUCAUUUCUUGCAUGCUGGCCCUUGCCAUGGUAAUUCCAACUUAGACUGGGCUAUUGAAAGGGCAAAGCUCUCUACAAAUAGCUUGAAGAAAGUGCCCUGUGGCUAUGACAUCUGCUAUGACUGGGAGGAGUGUCCAGGGACACAGACCCAGUGCCUCUGCCUGAUGCCCUACCAGUGCCCCAAAGAAGAGAACCGCCUUCACUGCAUCCAAAUAGAGUCGACAGGGAGGAGGAGAACAGUCAAUCAUUGCAUACUGGCAGCCAUGAAGUGUGCUGGCAUCAAACUGGAAGUGCUGGGGCAGGGGACCUGCCUGGCAUAACCUGGCAGCUCUCCUGGCAGCCACCAUGAUCAUCCCACCAUGCACAGGCUAAACCAUCCUGGGAAAAACUUGGCUGGUUAUGAAAGGACAAAUAAAUAAACCCCAAAAGAUUAAGAAAAAAAAAAAAUAGAGCUCACUCAACAGAUUUUUGAAAGAAGAGUAGUAGUGAGCUUUUUUUGGUCUGAAAAUUACCUGGAGUAUGGGGUAUAGGGACUUCUCUCAUUACUGGUAACUCUGCAUGUGCAGAGGGAGGGAAGGGAGCAGAUGAGAAGGUAGAAAGAGGAGCAUUGCCUCUGGUCUCCCCUGAUGCUGGAUGAGACUUUUAAUUUCCUCAGUCACUUGUGGCUUUAUCCCAGUGCUUGUGACUUCUGUGCACCCUGGUUGUCUCACUGGCUGAAUACAAGCUGUAUCAUCCAGGGAGGCAGACCAAGCACUUCAGCAUCAUCGCACAUUCCCUCUGACACAUAACAGGGUCCUGAAGAAGGCUACCUGUACAGGCAGUCAUGGUACAAAUUCAGGAAGCAAUACAAAAUACUGAAAACCACAAAUAUGCAAUGAUUGAGUGAAGUCUUCAAAAUUAUGUGAUUUUCAAUCAGAGUAACUGAAGGAAGGAAGCAUUUGCUUUCUGGGUUGGUUUGCUGAUUUUGAGCCUUAGACACUGUUGGGAAAUAUUUAUGGUACCUCUUGAGAUUCAUUAAGUACAGGUUUGUUCUUAAAUAUAAAAGAAAAAUUUAAUGAACACAGUUCUACAUGGAGUCUGCAAAAACGUGUUAGAAGCAAAUUCCUUAUAUACACUUGAACCACCACCAAUCAUGAGAGCAGUUUCACAGGGCACCUCACCUGGGUUGCGGGUCCAUCCCCCAGCCCAGCUCUGCUGCCCAAAUGUGGCCCUUGAGCUUGGGCCCCUGACUGCUACCAUUCCAGUAUGGCUACAAGACAAUGCUGAGGCUAUCUCUUAUCUCAUCACCAAGGGAAACGUCACUUCCUUACAAGGAGUUCUUCCUUCUCUAGCAUUUCUGAUUCCAGCUGCUUUAACACCUUUUUAUAGUUGGGACUUCUUGCCCUCUGUGCCAGAGUAUUCCUUGGUCGCAAAUUACCAGUGCUGAGCAGUUACAGUUAGAAUUUCCCCUUCCAACACUCAGAAUUUUACAAAACUGAGGAUUAGAAACCUGCCUUCCAGGAAUGAGAAUGAUGAAAGUCACUUUUUUUCCACCAGUAGUCAGCAGAACAAUGAAAGUCAGGAAAAAAGCAUGAGAAGUGUCCAUUGGUAAAUAACCUGCCCUAUGUAUAAGUGUCAUAUCUCCCCAGGGGCUGGGAAGAGUCACUUGGGAACUGGGAGUGGGCUGGAUGUGAAAUGGUUAUUUUGCCUCCAGGGAGGUCUCAAACCUCUAUAUUUGGGAUGUUGCCAAGUUCCAUAAAUCAGCAGCUAGUCUCAACUGGAUGCAGCUCACUGAAAAAAACAAACAAACAAACAAACAAACAAACAAAACCAAUUAAUCUUGCUGCUAAACACAAUAAAGCAUUAUGGUUUCUUGCUUAAAAUGUGUAAUAAAAAUUAUAAAAAACUGAGGGAGAUUUACCUUUGUAGUUCUAUAGCUCUUUCCUCCAGCUGAAGACAUAUGGCAAUAUGCUGGUGAUGGUCUAGGAGAGGGUUGCAAAUUUGAUUGUCCCCAGAUUGUUUUUUAGUGCCCUUAUUUCUUCUUGAUGGUUGCAUUCUGGGGCGGAAUAAUCACUCAGAAGGGCUGUGUGUGCCUUCUGCACCCUCAACAAGCAAUGAAGAUAUCUUGUUCAUGACCCUCUAACCUUCAUACUAGCUUUUUAUUACAGGACUCUGAUUCCAGUGUGACUGUCUAGCAAUGUUUCUGAUAGGUGGAUUUUUUUUCCCUGACACUUCUUACCAUGAUAAAUUGCCAUAUGAAGUUAUUUCCUGUUAUACAGAAGGUAGCUGAGAGCUCCCUGGCUGCCCUCAUUUCUCUAGCACCUCUGGUCUCAGAGCGGCUGUAUGCUGUGCAAGCACUUCCAUUAAGACUUGCAUUGAUCUCUCUUGCUGAUGGGGAUAACUCCCAUGUUUUCUAUUUUACAGUUGAGCAUUAUGGAACAGCGUGGAGACAUUAUAAGGUGGUGAUUCAGCCAUAAGCUGAAUCCAGUGGAUAUCUUCAUCUUGCUGAAAUUAGUGGGAGUUUUGCUGCUGGCUUCAGUAGGGUCAGGACUGCACUCACAAGGACUUUGGGUUUGCUGCUGUGCUCUGUCACUGGCGUCCACAACUCUCACAUCAAAAACUGCAGCUUUUAAUGUUUCCUGGAACAGCUAUCUUUUUCUUCAAUAAGCUUGCCUCUUCUACUGUGAUAACUUAUACUAGGUAAUGAUAGAGUUUUCUUAUUCAAUGGUGACAGGAAAUGCUGUCCCUCCUUUGCCAUUGUAAGCUCUAAGUACUGUUAUCUGUCUUGAUGGAUCAUUGCCUUGAGUUAUAAAAUAUAAUUGGAGAAGAUGAAGCAAACCUGAACUGAGUUUCUCAGGGUAACCAGGGUCACAGAGACCUUACCAAUUCUUGGAGGACUGUUUUCUCGGUAAUGCAGCUUCUUCACAGAAAAAUCUCAUCUAUUUGUUCUUAACGUCAGAGAGGAGCCAUUAUUGAAAAUAAAUAAAAUGAGCCUUUCCACUGACGCAAAGUUCCAUGCAACAUCCUAGCAUAUCUAAUUUUUCACUAGCACAAGAGUAUGUGAAGUGUACGUAGAGUAUAUUUACCACAUUGAGACAGCUGAGGCACAAUUCGAUGGCUGCACAAUUAGCAGCUGCUUUUGUGGGCUUCUGUGUAAAUGGUUUUUGUAAUUGUAAUGUAGAAUGCAAAAUUUGACCAAAUAUAGAAGAGAACUGUACAUAUA